CUAGAAUUAACCAAUGCAUUCAAGGCAAUUGCUCUACUGCCGUGGCGUCCAGCGCGAAUUGAACAACAACCACGGCUAUUAUUCGUCGAGCAAUGUCACCGUAUCACAAUUCUGCAUCUGGACAUGAAUCCUCUCGUGAAUCCUCUCGUUAUCCAGGCGUGGCUUGACGAGGUGGAAGCCUCCCCCGUAACGACCCAUCCCGUUGACACAACGCUGACAGUCGAUCCAUUGCUCAACAAUGCGCAUCGACGUCGCCUUUCGGAUGAAAUGUCGAGCCCAUCAAAACGUCCGCGAACGAGUGAAUACCCCGAUUCUUACCCAGAUCCCGACGAGACUCCAACACGUCCCCGACCUCAGUUAUUGCGACUUGACAGUGAUGGAGUCGUCUUUGAUGAUCCAGCCACACAAACGGCGACCUCAACACGUUCAACGUCCUCUUUCACUGCAGUUCUUGCAAGCCGAGCAGCUUUUUCAGCUCCCACAACCGUCCAGCAAGCUCCGACAGACACCUCUCACACGACGCGAUCGCGCAGUUCAUCUCCCACGAAGCGAUUCCAAAGACGGCUACGUGACCUUGGAAGUGUUCUUCCGGACGAUGCCCAAAAGGUUUUUGAGGCUCUGUCUGCGGUCGAGGCAAAAGAGGAGAUUCUGCCAACGACUCUUGGAGGGCAUUCAGAUUUUCGAGAUACAAGAAUUCGCGGCUUCAUGUGGAAAUCCCCACAAGCCUCUGAUGAAUCUAGUGCGGACAACGAGGCAGCGCUUUUUAACAAUCAUGCACACCUCCGAGGGAUUGUUGACGAUUCUAUUGCUUCAUCCAAUCUCCAUCGAUCCGAGGCCGCUUGGAACUGCCUCGUCCACGCCCCGCUUCUACGGCAUGCAAUCUCUCGCUUUGCUUUUCUUGAAGUCGAGCCCAUUGCCUCAGCUCAAAUCAUGCCAGCUUUUCGUCCUUUGUCAAAGACUGGUGAUCGGACCCCAUCCCAACCGUCCAACACCAGUGUAUCUAGCGCAAGCAGUGCGUCUGGGCAGGAUUUGGGGACGCCACAGACUCGGACGAGUGCUGUUGCAUCGUCAGUCCAUAAGAUGGUUGACUUUGCCGUGGUGCUUCGUCCCGAAAAGGUGAUUCAGAAUCUCAUUGACACUUUCUUGGACAAGCAGCCGCACACAAUGGCUACCAUCAACCAAACGAUAUAUGAACCUCUCCGCACCCGACCAGCUCCUAUCUUCAUCGAGACCAAGACCUUAUCCGGCAACAUGGACACUGCCAAUGUCCAGCUUGGUAUCUGGGUCGCUGCGUGGCAUGAGCGUAUGCGCAGUAUCAUUGCGCUCUGGGGAGGAACAGACAAGAUCAUCACGAUCCCCGUCAUUCAGGUAGUUGGCGGUGUCUGGACCCUCUUGUUUGUCAUGGAUGCAGGCGCGGAAAUUCGCGUGCUUGAUGGGAACUUUCGGAUAGGUGAUACCGACAGCAUUUUUGGCAUUUACCAGUUGCAAGCUGCUAUGUCCGCGCUUGCUGACUGGACCAGGGACACAUUUGAGCCCUGGUUUACUGGCCUUCUGACUCGCGCAACUGGAUCACAGUUCUAGUAGUGACGAAAAGAACCGGCGUCAAUUUACAAGCGAAAGAGGUACCGUGGUUAUCACCUGAAGUUUGUGUAUAUUUCAAUGAGUAUCCACGGAUGCAGCCCCUCCAUAAGGUUUAUCUGCAGUCCGUCCAUGUGCUGAUCACAUACAUGGACUAAGAUGUUCAAGUCGCAGGGUGCCCUGGCUAACAAACAGCCUACGACUUCAACGAAAACUCAGAGAUCUCCGCGCUAGUCACUGGACAAGGAUGAUAACGCCUUAAUCACCC